UCUAUGAGGUAUGUGCUCUCUGAGGCUUAUCUUAUCAACCAAUUUUGGGCAAUCAACAAACACAUACGCAGAAAAGAGAGGCAAAUCGACGCGUUCAUCGAGCGAAAUUAAGCCAUGAGCAGCACCAGCACAGAACGGAGGCUAGAAUUGCCAGAACUAGACAAGACCAAUCUUAACAAGACCAUCAACACCAGCCAGACAACGGUUAAGGAACGAAGGCUGGGGUUGUCGAAAUCAUACCAGAGCGCCAAAUUCAAGAAGUCUGCUCGAGUUCGGACGACAACCUUCAACUGCGGUAGCGGCAACUUUCGGGAAAUGGUCAAGGAACUCAGCGGCAUCCAUUCGGCCAGAGGAGGAGGAGAAAGGGAAAUACGUCUCGGCUAUGUGGAUGAAAAUGAAGGCAGCCCUUGUGGAGCUGGAUUCUCGCAUCUUACUUUCCUUCCAAAUCACUUGAAAUUGCCGAGUCGGCCACCACCGCUCGAGUUAAAGUAUUUCCCGAAGGGAUUUCGUAGAUUACAACAGCUGCAGGAACUUUUUCACUGCAAAAAGUCAGAUGAAAAGCGAUUUGUUGAGGUCCGAGGGCACGAUGGGUUCAUUUGGAGGAAGUACGGUCAGAAGGAAAUCCUUGGAUCCAAGUAUCCAAGGGACUACUAUAGGUGCACUCAUAGGAAUGUCCAAGGUUGUUUGGCUACCAAGCAAGUGCAAAGAUCCGGUUACGACCCCACUGUCUUGGAGAUCACGUACCGGGGAAGACACACGUGCAUUCACGACCCUACUUCUGUCAUCCCUCCUCCUCCGUUGCCUGAAAAUCAAAUUGAUUCCAAUGCCUCCGUCGACGCCACCCCUCUCCAAAUCAUACAACCCCAGCUCCAACAGAACCAAACCCAAUCACAAGACAUUGCGUUCCACUUCCUUAGAGGCCGCACAGUCAUAACUCCGAACUUGGACUCCAACAAUGACAAUCACAACUCAUCUUCUUCAAUGUUUGAUUUCCCUCCCACCCGGGAUGAUAUUUUCGGCGUCAAGUGUAACAAUAGCAACUUCUCUAGUGCUCCUAAUUUCUUGUCUGCGUUAACUUCCGGGACGAACUACUUCUCGGUGCCUCCAGCAAGGUUGGACGGUUUCCAUGUUGGCACUCCAAAAUCCGAGCUCCCUAUGACUAUCUGGGCCACUAUCUUAGGGAACAACUCUCAAGCAACGGAAAAAUCAAUCUCUGAUCAGCCCGUCACUAGUUCAGAUGAUACAUCCAUUAGUUUGGGUUCGGGCCUCUAUUCUCAUGCUGCUGAAGAUCAGAAAGGUAUCAAGCCGUUAUUUGGGAUCGAUUUGGUUCACACAAAGGCAGGCUAUGUCACGAACAAAGGAUCACUGUUGAGUGAUCUGAAAGAAGAAGAAAAUGUGAUGGUGUCAAGUGAAGCGGAAAGACCAGUAGCUAUGCAGAAGCAAAGAGCAAAAAGUGAUUUUGUGCCAAUGCAAAACACUCGAGAUACAGAGACUGAACAAUUUCCUUGGCUAGUGAAAAAGGAUACCAAUCCUCAUCCUGCUUUGGAAAAAGUUCAUUCGCUUUCAUCACACUCAGAAUCGGAAGUUGGUUCACAUUGCUCAGAAUCAGAAGCUGAAGACACGGAUAAGAUGAUGAAAGUCGAAGCAAGUCUAGAAUAUCAUAAGAGAGAAACAUCGGAAAGUGCAGUUUUGCAAAUGCGGAACACUGUAGAGCCAGAGGUUGAACCCUUUUCCUUGGAAGUAAACAAGGACACUGCUUCUGAGGAAGUUCAUUCAUAUUCCUCGGAACAAGAAUCUGAAGUCGAUUUAUAUUCUUCGGGACUGGAAUAUGAAGUUGGGGAUAAAAAGGCGAGGAUAGAAGCAAGUCCAGAAUAUAACGAUAUUAUACACAUACCAAAAAUGCAAAAGGAAAGUUCUCCACACGCUACUUUGGAUAAUACCGAUGCCUCAAUUGAUAUGUUAGGGGGCAGUGGAAAACAAGAAGGGAGACCAUCAGAAGGAUGGGGUGCCAUUAGCUAUGAUUCUAUAGUUGACCAUCUCAUCAAGUCCAUAAAAAAAUCUAACAUUGAAAAAAUUGGAAUAUAUGGUAGAAACGAGGUUGGAAAAGCUAUUGUCAUUGAAGCUUUGAAGGAAUCUGCAAUUUUGAGGAAUCUAUUUGAUAGAGUCAUCUGUAUUACUGUUCCUCUGAAUUGCGACAUGGAAAAGGUGCAAAAGGAGAUUGCUGGACAAAUAUCUUCUGAUUUAACCGAAGCCAAUGCAGUUGAUAUGCAACAUUCGGUGGCGAAUGCAUUGGAAGGCCUCAAGGUUUUGCUCAUUCUUGUCGGCAUUAAUCAACACAUUAAGCUGGAGACAAUGAGAAUUCCUGAUUCAACACCACCAGUUGGUAGCAAGAUAGUCUUUGUGGCUGGAUCAGGACAACUGUGCGAUGAAAUCGAAGUGGAUAAGAAAAUAUGUUUGGAUGAUCUGUUGCUGUGUGAAUUAUUUCGUCAGAAUGUGGGUGAUGUUGUUUAUUAUUCCAAAAAAGUCCUAGCUAGGGAAAUAGUUAGGAUGUGCAGGCCAUAUUCGCAUGCUGUCAUUCUAGUGGCGAGGGCACUGCAAAAUGUUGAUGACAUUUUAAUCUGGAAACGUGCGCUUGAGAGACUGACUGUUCGACCUACUAGUCAUGAAGCAGGUAUAGAAGCUCUUAUGGUUAAUGUAUUAAGAUUCAGCAUUGACCAACUAGAAGAUGAUAAAACGAGAAGAUGCUUGAAAAAUCUUGCUCUUUGUAACAAUUACCAUGAGAUUGCAUUUGACUCUGCCAUAGGCCUGUGGGUCAGGGAUGGUAUUGUAGACACCCAUGAUGAAGGCCAAAGAGUCCUAAAAGAUCUGGUCAAUGCUAACCUGGUCGAAGUUGAUCAGAAUGGGCAAUUUGUGAAGUUUCAAGAUCAUGAUCAAGAUAUAUUAGUGAACUUAAUAUUUCAACCCGAGGAAAAUCGCGUGUUUCUGUUGCGGGGUGGCUCGGAUUUGACAGAACCACCAGAGGUUGAGGAUUGGGAGAGCGCAAAAGAGAUAUGUUUGAUGCAUACCGGGAUUUCUGAGCUACCAAAGGAACCAAGGUGCCCAUUACUUUCAUCGUUAUGUCUGCAAAGAAAUUACAAGCUGAGAAAGCUUUCUUCUUCAUUUUUCAAUCAGAUGCCUGCUCUAGAAGUUUUGAAUUUGUCCAGAACCCGCAUUCGGUGCUUGCCAGAGUCCAUAUCUCAACUUGUCAGCCUCAAAAGACUUUUCUUGAAUGAUUGUGUCCUUUUGAGAUCGAUAUCGCCAGCAAUCGGAAGGCUCAAGCAGCUGGAGGUAUUUGAUCUUGAGGGGACAAAGAUUAAGAAUCUUCCCCAGGAAAUUGAAUGUUUAAUUAAUCUAACUUGUUUGGGGAUCUCAAUUUUUGGAACUGAACCUUCAAAUGACUCUAAAACAGUGAUUCCUCAACGGGUAAUAUCAUCUCUAUUACACUUGGAAGAAUUGAAUCUUGAUGUGGAUGCCGAUGCUGAAUGGUGGGAUACAUGUGCCGAAGGUGUUGUAUCUGAAGUUUGCAACUUGAAAAGGUUAAGCACUGUCAAGUUCUUUCCUACAUUGAAACUUUUGAGGCAGUUUAAUCAGCUUAGGAAAUCGAUGGAGCAUCCAUCUUUAGCUCAAUUUAGACUUCUCAUUGGCAAUCAGGCUAACCGCAUUAUGAAUCAACUACCAUCAGAUAUUGAAUUCGAGCUGGAGCAGUGCAACCGAUACUUGAGGUACACAAAUGGGGACGGUGUCUUCACAGAUAUUAAGGACAUCUUGCAACAAUCAGAUGCUUUUUUCUUAGAAAGGCAUGCUAAUCUCAAGAAGCUGUCUGAACUUGGGAUAGAUAGCAUAGAGCAACUCAAAUGGUGUGUUCUGGGGGAGUGUAAUGAACUUGAAGUGCUCAUGGAUGCAUCUGAUACCCUUCAUCAAGAGGCUUUGACUAAAUCUCACUGCAAAAGCAUCUGUCUUGAAUCGCUCGAGUUUCUGUAUGUGUAUUACAUGAGAAACUUGAGAAACAUUUGGAAGGGCUCAGUGCAGAAGGGAUGUUUAUCUUCUCUCAAGUUGUUGACAUUGUGUAAAUGCCCCGAGUUGACAGUUAUUUUCUCACACGAGAUGCUUGAUAAUCUCAACAAUUUGGAAGAGGUCACUAUUGAGGACUGCCCAGCCAUGAAAAGCCUAAUUAGCUGCCAAACUUCUACUGGCAAAGUCCGUGAGACAUCUUACUUCCUCCCUAUUUUGAAGAAGUUGUCCCUCCAUUACGUACCAAAACUUUCCAGUAUAUCCUGUGGGCUACUGAUCGCACCGAGGUUAGAAAGGUUGAGUUUUUAUGACUGCCUGAGUCUCAAGUCUCUUUCGACCGAUGAAGUUUCCAGUGAGCAUUUGAAGAAAAUCAGGGGGGAGGGGAGUUGGUGGAAGGACUUGGAAUGGCGCGGUUAUAAGCCAGAUCACUUGGACGGUAUUUUCGUCCCAAUUGAUACAUGCGACGUCCCUUAACUCUGUGCGCAUGCAUGAUUCUGACUGUUGGAACUGCCUAACAUGUCAGUGGGAACUUCAGUUGCUUAAUGACUAUUGUAUCGAAUCAAUAUCGCUAGUUAAACUUUGAGAAGUCCUGCCUACAUAAUGGCAAGCCUUACUAGCUGACUUUUCUGUGGUUUAUGAGUUUCUUCCACUGUAUAUUUCCUGUCGUUCAAAGAGAUGAUCGUGAGAUAAAGAAUGACUGGGCAGGGCUUGAAUGGCCAGCAUUAGGUUGGUUUAAGUAUCGCUAAAUAGUGGAAUAGGAGAUCUGCACUCGAAGGAAUUUUUUUUCCCUGUUUGCUGGAUUUUGCUUGUAGCAAUCAACCUGGACAUUAGAAUGCCAACCCUUGGUACAGCGCAGCACGGAAUGCAGAAGAGCUUUCGAUUCUGCUUGUCCAGCCGAAUUGGUUAGAAGCCUGCAUUCAUUCCGUUCACAAAGCAAUCCCUUACUUCCUGUUAUUAGAACUUUGAAAUCGCAAGCUCUCUCUAUCGAUGCAUAUGUUCCACCCACGCAUCAUUACAAGACAUCACCAGGAUCUUUGGUCCGACGACUUC